AUGGUUCAUUUAUUGGUUUUGGUGGUGAUUUGAUGUCAUUAGGGAUUCAGGUCUCAUCUCCAUCUCUGAGAUCAUCUGAAUAACAGUGUGAAGAGGAAGAGAACAGAGGAGACAGGCAUCCACGGGCAGCCUGGAUCGGACGGUAUAAAUCUCUGGGGAGAGCCUGGCCUUCCCAGCUGGCGGGCUUGAGGCUGAGCGGGGCCGGCAGUGUUUGCCAUCACCCCAAAGUGACCAUGAGAGGUACCACGCGAGUCUCAGUCAUGCUCCUCCUCGUGACUGUGUCCAACUGUGCCGUGAUCACAGGGGCCUGCGAGCGGGACGUCCAGUGCGGGGCGGGCACCUGCUGCGCAGUCAGCCUGUGGCUGCGUGGGCUGUGGGUGUGCACCCCGCUGGGGUGGGAAGGAGAGGAGUGCUACCCCGGCAGCCACAAGGUCCGUUUCUUCAGAAAACGCCAGCACCACACCUGCCCCUGCCUGCCCAGCCUGCUGUGCUCCAGAGGCCGGGAUGGCAGGUACCGCUGCUCCACUGACUUGAAGAACGUCAACUUGUAGGAGCUUGUCUGGUCUCCCGACACCCACCGGGCCUCUUCCUGAGCACAGGCUGGGGUGGUCUCUCUUGGACUUUUAUUUCUGCCCUGUGGCCCAAUCC